AUGGGAAAAAAAUCAAAAGAAGCAAAAGCUGUUAAGAAAGAAGAAAUUAAGGAUGAAUAUGUCAUCCCAUCAUCUACAGAACCUGGAAAAUCAAACUCUGCUGAAUGGCCAUUAUUAUUGAAAAAUUUUGACAAAAUGAAUGUUCGUACCAAUCAUUAUACUCCACUUCCAGAUGGAUGUUCUCCAUUACAGAGAGAUUUAAAGAAUUAUGUUUCCUCUGGAUUUUUUAAUCUCGACAAACCUGCCAAUCCAAGUUCUCACGAGGUUGUUUCAUGGAUAAAGCGUAUUCUCAGAUGUGAAAAGACUGGUCAUUCUGGUACUUUGGAUCCUAAAGUUUCUGGAUGUCUUAUUGUAUGUAUUGAUAGAACAACACGUCUCGCUAAGUCACAACAAGGUGCUGGUAAAGAGUAUGUUGCUAUUUUUAAAUUACAUAACUCUGUUGAUGGAGAGAAGGCAGUUAAAAAUGCUUUAGAAAAACUUACUGGAGCUCUUUUCCAAAGACCACCACUUAUAUCUGCUGUUAAACGUCAACUUCGUGUUCGUACUAUUUAUAAGAAUACACUUAUUGAGUAUGAUAAUGAACAAAAUAUGGGAAUUUUCCGUGUCUCCUGUGAAGCUGGUACUUAUGUACGUACACUUUGUGUUCAUCUUGGUUUACUUCUUGGAACUGGUGGUAAUAUGCUUGAAUUAAGACGUUCACGUUCUGGAGUAACAUCUGAACAUGAUGGACUUGUAACAAUGCAUGAUAUUUUAGAUGCUCAAUAUCUUUAUGAUCAUCAAAAAGAUGACACUUAUCUUCGUACUAUUAUUAGACCACUAGAGGCUCUUCUUACUGGACAUAAAAGAAUUGUUGUCAAAGACUCUGCUGUUAAUGCUAUUUGUUAUGGAGCUAAAAUUCUUCUUACUGGAGUUUUAAGAUACGAUGAUGAUAUUGAAAUUGGUAAAGAAAUUGUUAUUGUAACAACAAAGGGAGAGGCUGUUUGUCUUGCUAUUGCUAUGAUGACUACAGCAACUAUGUGUACUGUUGAUCAUGGAAUUGUUGCUAAGACAAAAAGAGUUAUAAUGGAAAGAGACACAUAUGGAAGAAAAUGGGGUCUUGGUCCUGUUGCUUCAAAAAAAGCUCAACUUAUAAAAGAGGGAAAACUUGAUAAAUAUGGUAAACCAAAUGCUAAUACACCAGCUGGAUAUGUUAGUGCUUUUGUUGAUUAUUCUGCAACCAAUAAUACUGAUUCAAGAAAAAGAGAGGCUGGUGAUGGUAAUGAUGCUGUUCCUGAAAAAACUUCAAAAGUUGAGUCUUCAUCUGACGAUAGUGAUUAA